CCUAGGCCCCACUGCGCGCGCUCCUGGAGCCCGGGUGACCGCAGCGCGGGGCCGCGGUGGCCAGAGGCCUGCCCGCUGGGCCCUGUCGCUACGCAGCCUGAAAUACUGCGGCAUCCAGGGUUGAAUUUGGCCUCGCGCCCGGGCGCUCUCGGAGGACCGAAGCGCGGCCCCGAGUGAAGCGCGCACCUGCCGAAGACGAAGCGCGGGCAGGGGGGUCGCAGGUCCCUCCCACUCCACCCCCGACCCCAGCCGCCUGUCGUGCUAGCCAGCCCGGGCCACUUCCCGGAGGAGCGAAAUGAAGGACACGGGGCCUCUGAAAGCCGGCUUCCCCAGCCUUGAAUGCUUAGCCGGAAGUAAGAACUGAAAAUUCCAUAUGGCUGAUACAAGUAGCUAGUCCACCCCUCUAUCGUGGCCCUUGAAAGGUACCCCAAAAUUUGGAAGAUGCUCAUAGCAGCAAUGUGCUUGGCCCUUCUGGGCUGCCUGCAGGCCCAGGAAUUCAAGGGGCAUGUUUCCAUAAUCCUGCUGGGAGCAACUGGGGACCUCGCUAAGAAGUACCUGUGGCAGGGCCUGUUCCAGCUGUACCUGGACGAGGCUGGGAAGGGCCAUAGUUUCAGCUUCCAUGGGGCCGCCCUGACAGCCCCCCAGCAGGGCCAGAAGCUCAUGGACAAGGCCUUGGAAUCCCUCUCCUGCCCCAAGGACUUGGCACCCAGUCGCUGUGAUGAACUCAAGGGUCAGUUUCUGCAGCUGAGCCAGUACCGCCAGCUGAAGACAGCUGAGGACUAUCAGACCCUGAACAAGGACAUUGAGACCCAGGUCCAGCAGGAUGGGCUCUGGGAAGCUGGCAGGAUCUUCUACUUUUCUGUGCCUCCCUUUGCCUAUGCAGACAUUGCCCGCAACAUCAACAGCAGCUGCCGACCACACCCAGGCGCCUGGCUACGGGUUGUUUUUGAAAAGCCCUUUGGCCAUGACUACCCCUCAGCCCAGCAGCUGGCUUCAGAGCUUGGGAGCUUUUUCCAGGAAGAGGAGAUGUAUCGAGUAGACCAUUACCUGGGCAAGCAGGCCGUGGCUCAGAUCCUGCCCUUCCGAGAUCAGAACCGCAAGGCCCUGGACAGCCUCUGGGACAGGCACCAUGUGGAGCGGGUGGAGAUUGUCCUGAAGGAGAUGGUGGAUGCGGAAGGCCGAGCCAGCUUCUACGAGGAGUACGGCGUCAUCCGUGACACGCUGCAGAACCAUCUGACGGAGAUCCUCACCCUGGUGGCCAUGGAGCUGCCCCACAACAUCAGCAGCUCGGCUGCCGUGCUGCAGCACAAGCUCCAGGCCUUUCAGGCCCUGCGGGGGCUGCAGAAGAACAACGCCAUCCUGGGCCAGUACCAGGCCUACAGUGGGCAGGUGCGCCAGGAGCUGCAGAAGCCAGACAGCUACCAGAGCCUGACACCAACCUUUGCAGGUGUCCUCGUCUACAUUGACAACCUGCGCUGGGAGGGUGUGCCUUUCAUCCUGAUGUCUGGCAAGGCCUUGGAUGAGAGAGUGGGCUAUGUUCGGAUCUUGUUUAAGAACCGGGCGUACUGCACCCAGAGCGAGAGACGCUGGGCGUCGGAGCAGAGUCGGUGCCUGCCCCAGCAGAUUGUCUUCUACAUCGGACAUGGAGAGCUGGGCCACCCCACCAUCUUGGUCAGCCAGAACCUGUUCAAGCCCCAUCUACCUACCCAGAGCUGGAAGGAGGUGCACGGCGAGCCUGGGCUCCGCCUUUUCGGCCGCCCUCUGUCUGAUUACUAUGCCUACAGACCUGUGCGGGAGCAAGAUGCCUACUCCACCCUCUUGUCUCACAUCUUCCACGGUCGAAAGGAGUCCUUCAUCACCACAGAGAAUCUGCUGGCCUCCUGGGUCUUCUGGACCCCCUUACUGGACAGCCUGGCCCUCGAAGUGCCACGCCUCUACCCAGGGGGAGCAGAGAAUGGCCAUCUGUUGGAUUUUGAGUUCAGUGGUGGCCAGCUGUCCUUCUCCCAGCAGCAGCUAGAGGUGCUGAUGCCAGAGUUAGGGUCAGUCCCAAAGCCCAGUGACUUCCAGGUCCUCAGGGCCCAGUAUAGACAGAGCCCGCUGGUCACUGCUUGGCCAGAGGAGCUGAUCUCUAGGCUAGCCAGUGACAUCGAAGCCACCGCAGUGCAGUCCGUACGGCUCUUUGGCAAGUUCCACCUGGCAUUGUCAGGUGGGUCGAGCCCCAUCGCCCUCUUCCAGCAGCUGGCCAUGGGGCACUACAGCUUCCCCUGGGCCCACACACACCUGUGGCUGGUUGACGAGCGCUGUGUCCCGCUCUCAGACCCAGAGUCCAACUUCCAGGGCCUGCAGGCUCACCUGCUGCAGCAUGUCAGGGUUCCCUACUACAACAUCCACCCCAUGCCGGUGCACCUGCACCAGCGGCUCUGUGCUGAAGAGGACCAGGGCGCCCAGUCCUACGCCAGGGAGAUCUCAGCCCUGGUGGCUAACAGCAGCUUUGACCUGGUACUGCUGGGCAUGGGCACCGACGGGCACACGGCCUCCCUUUUCCCGCAGUCCCCCGCUGGCCUAGAUGGCGAUCAGCUGGUGGUGCUGACGGAGAGCCCGUUCAGGCCACACCAGCGCAUGAGCCUCAGCCUGCCCCUCAUCAACCGUGCCAAGAAGGUAGCUGUCCUGGUCAUGGGGAGGACAAAACGGGAGAUCACCACGCUGGUGAGCCGUGUGGGCCAUGAGCCCAAGAAGUGGCCCAUCUCAGGCGUGCUGCCUCUUUCUGGGCAGCUUGUUUGGUACAUGGAUUAUGAGGCCUUUCUGGGAUGACAGGAGCACCCUGGCCUAGGUCACUCUCCAGCUUUCUGUCACCCGCUCAAUGUGCCCCAGCUCUCCAGAGCCUGGUGCCAGAAUCAGGCCCCAGAGAAGGGAGGACAAAAUUCUACCCUGCUUCCUGGGCCCCCUGGUUCUGUGUAAUUAUGGUGCCUAGACAAAAAAACAAGGCAGAACUCAGACCUCUGCUGUGGAGAGGCCUUCAAACCCAUCAAGAAAGAGACCCUCAUCACUAUCUACAACACAGAACAAGACAGAGAUCCUUUCACUGGUUCCUGCAGGAAGAGGGGCCAGAGUUGGUGGAGAGACUCCUGGAGAAUGCAGUGCUCUGAGCCAGGCAAGAAGAGUAGAACUGGUCCUGAGACUGCUCCCUCUGGGCAGUCUGCCCCUUCCAGAAUCCCUUCAUCCCUCCAUGCAUCUAGCUGACGCCUGGCCCUCCUUCAGGCAGCGUCUGCUUGGUCCUCCUUCAGGCAGCGUCUGCCUUCUCUGUGCCUGACAGCCACUGCCCUCUGCAUUCCUGCUGCCCUCAGCCUCCCCCUAUACACUAAGGAGGGACAGCUACAGACACUGCCAUGUCAGAAAGGUUCCCCCCCUCCAAAAUCUAAAGACCCAGGCUCCCCUUCCCCCACUGAGAACUGUUGCCAUCACUGGGCCAUCAGGUGUUUCUGAUCUAUUAGAUAGGGCUCUCUGCUCCUGGAGGUGGGGAUUACAGCUCACAGCUUCUUUCUGGGGCAUGUAUGGCCAAUUCCCUACACUAGGGGGCAGGCUGCAUCUAGGUCUUCUUGCUACCUCUCUUGGGCUCCAAGCCUGGCAGCUGACUCUGCCUGUGUCUCCUCCACCUCUCUUCAUCCUUAACCUGGUACCACUGGGAACAGGCUAGGCAGCUCCUAAAUCCAGCCUCCUCCGGGGCCUCCGAAUUUUUAAUUUUUUAAAAAAAGAAAGCCGACAAUGUAGAGCAACCUUCUCAGGGCACAUGCAGUUUUGUUUCAGCCUCUGGUUUGGUCACGUGGACAAGGGAGGGCAUAGAAGGGCUACCAUGGCCCCUGCGUCACAGCCACGCUGCGUCAGUCACACAGUCUCGGUGUCUUUCACAACUUUCCCAGAGAGGGGCUUUCGUUUGAUGAGGAGCAUCAGGAAAUCUGUUUCUCUACUUUUGAUUGAUCGUACUUUUCUCCCAGGCAGAACAUGGAAAAGACCCUCACUUUCACUAGAGGUGCGUGCACAGUGUAGCCUGAGCUGGGGGCUCUGUAUGAAAGGCACUCUUGUUAAAAUUCUGCUUUCUCUGGCCUCCGGUGACCCAGACUGACAGAACACCUCUAUUGCCAGAGAGCUACCCUGGGCAGAAAGUUCACAUAAUGAAUGCCCUGGGGUUCUUUUCUGGGUGGGCUUGCUCACUUUUCUGGCUGGCGUCACAGGUAGUUGCGGGUGAGCUCCCACAUUUGGCCAUGUGGGGGAGCCCACGCGCCACCACUCACAUUCCACCCAGGCGGCAAGUUUAGUGCCAAAUGUCGUUCCUUUGUUUUUUUGGUCUGCCUCUCUGGCUUCUUAGCCCCAGUGCGUUCUCAUCUGUUCGUUAGGACUCAGCCCUCCGAAGGCCUUGCAUGACUCGGGAGAGAGGGUGAACAGGCUUUGUGUCACCGUUCUGAAUAACAGUGAGUCACUGCCCAGCCUGAGCCUAGAAUGUCCUGUUCUUACCCAGAAGAAUGACUCGCCUUUAUCUGUGGGGAGUUUGCACAGGGGAGGCCAGUGUGGGGAAAUACCAAAGAUUUUCUUUCCGGAAGCAAGCGCUAAUAAAAUCGCGUUGGGAAAGCUGGGGGGAGACAUUGUCAGUGUCCUUUGGCAUGCACCUGUGCUGCCCUUUCCCCUUCUGCCCCGGGGUUAGGAACUGCUCUUCAGACCUUGUGGACCAUCGUCCACGGCAAGCAGUGUCUCAGGAAGGAGUUCUCAGCCUUGGGACCUGGGAUACCCUGAAUUUUCUAUUUUCCAUUAAAAGAAAUUGUUGCUUGCAAACGACUCACUUGAGUUGAUUACAGUGUGAAGAAGACAGCCUCAGCCAGUUUCCUGCCUGUCUGGACGUGGAGAUCUGAGACUGGGGAGAGGGGGACGUAUGGUCACUUGUUGUGUGGGACACAGCCCUCCUUCCUUCAGGCUCCCCCAGUGAAGUGAGGUCCCUGCCGCCACUGUGGGGAACUCUGACCUUGUAGGCAUUCGCCCUGGGCUGGCUCAGAGCCAGUGGAUGCUGCUGCCUGCAUCCCCAUCAUUCCCAUGGGGAUAGGGGGGGGGGGGGGUGAAACAGCAGAAGCGGAAGCCUGCCUCUUGCUUGGGUGGCUCUCAGGUGUCCCCUGUGGCCAAGCAGAUACUAAACUCCAUGCAGGUCAUACCUUGUCCUGGUGACAACCCACUUUGCUGCCGGUGGGACUUCAGUGACUGAUGAUUUGAAAUAAGUCCAGUGGCAACCAGAAACGGUUAGAUUCUAGAGCCCGUUCCCAGCACCCUGGGAACCUGAUUUUUGUUUGUUUGUUUGUUUGUUUGUUUGUUUGUUUUCAGGGGACCCACAAGGGCAUCCCGUGGCAAAGUCGGGCUCCCUGAAUGAGCCCUUCGUGGGAAGGACAUAGGGACAUAUGAAUGGCAGAAGGAGCCCUUGGGGUGACAUGCCAGUUAGCAUUUCCAGCACAAACUCUGAUGCUUGUGACAGGAUUCUGAUUUCCAGUCCUGGGCAAAUGUUCCUGCUAAUUGAUUGCAUGUUAUAAAUGGUCCCAUCCUCUUAAUCUUCUGCUUCUUUUUAUGAUUUUUUUUCCUUAUUUUACAUGCAUUGAUGUUUUGCCUGCAUAUGUGUCUGUAUGAGGGUGUCAGAUCCCUUGGAACUAGUUACAGACAGUUGUGAGCUGCCAUGUGGGUGUUGGGAAUUGAACCUGGGUCCUCUGGAAGAGCAGACAGUGCUCUUAACCACUGAGCCAUCUCUCCAGCCCAUAUUCCCGGCUUCUCCUCGCUCCACAAAACCCUCUUCUCACUUUGGUCCCCAAAUUCUCAGUGUACUCAGAGCUCCCUGUUCUUGGGCCAGUACCUUGGCCCUUUCCCCCGAGGGCUUGAUCUCCGGGUUCUUGGUUGCCUACUUCCCUUCUUUCCCCUAUCCUGACCUAGAGCCAGGGGUGUGUGGUGGAGAAGGGGAUGGAGAAGCUUCCAGAAAACCUAACUGGGGCUAUUUCUUGGAAUUUCAUUUUCAGGAAUUUUGUUUUUUGUCUCCCCCCAGAGAGUGUGCAGCCUCACGGAGUGUGUGCAGCCCCACAGAGUGUGUGCAGACACCAGAGAAUGUGUGUAGCCCCACAGAGUGUGUGCAGCCCCCAGAGAGUGGAUCUGCAGCAGAUCCCCAGCUGUGUUUUUAAUCUUAAACAUCUGGGGCUCCCGCAGGCCUCAGUCCGUUGGUAGAAAAAACCACCUGGCAACAUCCAGUGUCAGGGACGAGCCACAAGUUGUGGAAUGAAGUCACAUUGGUUGGCCAAAGUGGUCAGCACCUGCCUGCCCUGGGAAUGACACUCCAGAGGAACCAAGGGCCUGAACAAACUGCUGCCCCAGGUGUCACAGAUUGCAUGGGUCAUGAGGCUAUCUGCUGGCCAAACUGGGAGGAAACAGGCCCUUUCACUCUCUGCUCUCCCUCUCUCCAGCUCCCAACUCUUCUGAGGCAGACAGUUCUGCACCAGAGCCUCAGUCCCCAAGGUCACGCUGUUGCCCAGGGACCUUGGCACUUGAAGACAUGCUCAUGGCUUGGUUUGGCAGCAUAUCCAUGAGGGAAAGGAUUGCAUUCAGGAGUUAGUCAGAACCCAACCCGAACCAGCAGUUAGUCAGGGUGGGUCUGCACUGCCCUGUCUGGGCCCAGUUUAAUUGCAGCGGCCAGGGAUGCGCAGCUGCAGAUGAGAGUCAUCUGUUCCGGACUCAGCCCUGGCUGCACUUAUCUUGAGCCCUUCAGAACCGGGCUAACUUAGCUGCGCCGCCAUUCAGUUGGUGGCACGCGUAUCUUUUGUUUCCCUCAUGUCAUAUCCCAUGUGGGCUCUCUAGACACACAGCUGCCCUGCUUCCGGCCCUUCCCACCCCACAGCAGAGCUGGUCCUCCAGGUAUCUAAAGAUUCCUUGUAAGGAUGCAGCUUCUGGGAAGGGGAGCAGGAAUCAAUGUGUUCCUGGAAGAUGUAAGGGGCAGAUGUCUUCCGGGAAUACCAAAUCCUGCCUUCUGCAGGCUGUUCACGCCGACUGCAGGCUCCUCACACUUAGAGAUGGGUGUGAGGAACCCCGAGAAUUCUUCAGCUCCUAGCUGAGCGGGAUGUCAGUUCACCACUGCUAUCACCAACAAGACAUCCUGGCAAGUGAUCUGCGUAUGCUUUGCUGUGAUCUAACAAGCCCUGGGGUUGGGGAUGGCUCGGAUGUUCUGUCCCUCCAGCCAGCCAACAUUGUGGGUAUAUUUAUUUGCAUCACAGGGGAUGGCCAUAUCUGUGUGUGACCAUGGACAGGACCCCAAAUUAAUGACAUUCUGUUCGUUCUUUCGCCUCCAAGGGUGAGCUUGUUCAAGCCCUGCGUUGUUUCAGUGCCUGGGGUUUUAAGGGAAGUCUAUAUAUCUUUUUGUCCCUUUCUGUUGAGUGGCAAAUAUCUGUAUUUGUCAAACACGAUUGAGUCCAUAAAACAGCUGGGAGUUGCCAUUGAGAGUGCAGGUGUACAGAGACACCAUGUGUGUGUGUGCGCGCGCACGUGUGUGUGUGUGUGUGUGUGUGUGUGUGUGUGUGUGUGUGUGUGUGUGGUCUUUGGCUGAGCAUCACAGAGGCCUCCACGGGCUGAUUAUGGUGCAUUAUGGGACUGUAGCUCAACUGCUAGAGCACUUGCCCACCAUGCAAAAGCCCUGGGUUCCAUGCCCAGUGCCACAUAAACUGGGAAUGGUGGAACACAUCUGUAAUCCUAACACUUAGAAGGUGGAGGCAGGAGGACCAAGAACUCAAGACUGUCCUUGGCUACAUCACAAGGUCAAACCAGCUUGGGAUAGGUGAGAUCCUGUCGCCUUGUGAGUGCAGAAGGUAAGGGCUGGGUUAGGCAGAAGUGAGAACCCCCGAGCUGUUUCCCUCUGUUCUGGGGGUCUGGCACCAUCCACUUGGGAGAGCCGGGUAAGGGGAAUCCAGUAAUCACCACGGCUUCUGCUGCCCACCCGUGCAGUGAGGAGCCCGAGUCCCCAAGGAAAGUUAGACUUCUGAGUCACUGUGAUAAGCCCCAAAGGAGUAAGGGUUUAUUUUGGCUCAUAGAUUAUUUUAGCCCAAGGUCACUUGGCGGUGUUGUUUGUGGGCCAGAACUGAGGCAGAACAUCAGGGCAGGAGCAUGGUGACCCAGAAGUGGGAUUAAAUAGGCAGGGAAGGGGGAAGAGACAAAACAUGUCCUUCAAAAGCACACUCUGGGGAACCUGCUUUCUCCAGUGGACACUGACCUCCUCCUCCCACCUCGGAGAAUGCUCUCUUAUUAUAAAGUCACCAAGGGAUUAAUGCAUCAUGACGUGAGAGCCUUCAGGACACAGUUCCCCAAAGGCCACCAGCUAGCAAUCCAGCCCCCAGUGCCUGAGUCUGCAGACAGACUCCACACACAGCAUCACAGGUCAAGCCACUGCCAUACUGAGGGCCUGGGCCGGGGCUUGUGACUCGGGUAUGUCCUCACUCUGUCCUAUAGAAAGGAACUUGGGGGUCUCAGUCUUUGUCAGGUAGGAAUGGCAGAGGGAAUGUCCAGGAACAAGAAUGUGGGGUUCCCCCACCCCCGGGGGAAACUGUCUCGAUCUUAUGGAGACUGGCACCUGCCCCAGAGAACGAGAGACAUCAGAACAAAUGCCUUUUUAAACAGCUGAGACCCUUUAUGUCUUUCUCUGUAUCAAAU